UUAACUAACACAGUGCUCAGUGUUACAACUUUCUGUUUAAAGCUUAUAGUAUGGCUACAGUGUUAAGAGAGUUUAACUUCAGGCGCGUGCGUGCGAGAGCGAAAAACCCUGCCGGCAUGCAGAUGUUUUGUAUUUCUGUGACGUGCAACUCUCGGGUCGCUGGUUGACAUCAAGGGAAAGCUGCAGCUCCAGUCGCAGAUCCAGUCUAUAGACAGUCCUGCGGAUCAUAUCUUAUUAGCGCUGAUUUGUUUGGGAAAUUGACGUGUCUAAUGAAUGUAUUUUGAAGUUCGCUUUUACCAAAAACGACCGCUUUUACCAAAAUAUUACAAUACCUGAACACGACUGGAUCAAGUAACUUUGAAGCACGCCAACUCGAACCGGGGAACUUUCUUUUUAUCGGAGGUGUUAACACACAAACACACAUACAGCUUAGAGGGAAUGGGGGUCCGCUGGCUGAAGACCCUGCUGUGUGUGUGGUUGAGCGUGUGUUCAACCCUUCGAGCUCAUCCUACACAUCAGAACCAUCCACAAGUGUUCAACCUGCUGGAGGCUCUCAACAUGUCCCGAGCCAUUAAGGGUGUGUCCGAAGUCCAAGGGGAGUGGCCUGGAACCCAUGCCUAUAAACUGCGCCCCCGCUCCCCUCACCUGACCCUUGCAAAACAGGACUCUCAUUACCUAAUUUCCUCUCUGCAAGGCAGUUUAGGAUUUCACCUGGUGGGUCGGCAGGGCGCAGACUCUAGUGGCACUCUGCUCUCUUUCUCCUCUUCGUCUUCCACUCCCCUCCUCCAACUCUCCUCCUCCACCCGCUCCAAAUAUCUGCGUCUGGACCACCGGGUCGGCCCAGGGGGCCAGGGGCUGGCCAGCGUGCUGUUUCCAGGGGGCAACCCUUUUUCUGAAGGAGGCUGGGUGCGGUUGGCCCUGGGCCUGGAGGCCCAACGUAUUUCUCUGUUUGUGGACUGCAGAGAGGUGGUGGUGAUGCAGAGAGACGAAGAGGAGGGAGUCCGACUACAGCUGCCCCCGGACGUGAUCAUCACACUAGCCAGCACACGUGGUGACAUACACAGCAAAUUCACUGGUUACGUGCAGACGGCUGAAAUCUCUACCAGAGCCUACCAAAGGCGUCCGUGGCACUGUGAAAACUUUACAGAUGCACUUCCUGGCCUUCCCCGUGCCCAGCUCGACAGCUUUGCUCCAUUAGACAGGGUUGAUGGUGGACCUGGACAGGAACCUCAGCAGGAUAAACCCACCGACCUGCCACAAAACCCCUCUCCAGACCCACAUUAUACCCAGGAGACACAGGGUGACCAGCCCCAGAGAGGUGCAGUGCUAUUGGGUCCUCCAGCACCCCAGGGGGUGAAACAUGGCUCUCAGGCCCAGGGAGAGGACAGGCUGCGAGUGUUGGAGGAGAGGCUAGAGGGCCUGGAGCGUAUGCUGGACAUGGUCAAGGCCCAGAACGUGGACAUGCAGGUGCGUUUGCGUUACCUGGAGGGGUGUGAGUGUGUAAGGCCUGGAUGUAAGUGGGAGGGUAGGCAGGUGGAGGAGGGACAUCGCUGGGAGACGCACCAGAACACCUUCUGUACCUGCACCUCUGGAAAGGUCAUCUGUUCUAGUACUACUGACGGUUGUAGACUGGAUGGUCAACCCUAUAAUGCAUCUAUCAACACUGUUGGCAGCUGCCAGACCUGCGUCUGCAGGGAGGGUAGUAUGCUGUGUGCCCCUCCUCCCUGCCCCCCCCUCGACUGCUCUGAGCAGCAGAAACUCCAGGGAGACUGCUGCCCGCGCUGUAGAGGUUGUGUCCAUACAGGUAUCCAUUAUGAACACAGAGCUAAAUGGAGGCCAGACGAAAACCCAUGUAGUGUUUGUUACUGUCUGGAGGGUGUUGUUAAAUGUGAGCCUGAGAGGUGUCGCCCUCCAUGUCAGAACCCUGCCUCCCCCCCACCCAAUACCUGUUGCCCAGUCUGCAAUGGUUGUGGAGUGAACGGCCAGGACUUUCUGAAUGGAGCCCAGGUUCCUAGUGAAGACCGCUGUCAGGAGUGUGUAUGUGUGAAUGGAGAUGUCCGGUGCUCACCUCGAUCCUGCCCGGCAGUUUCCUGUCCAAACCCUGUCCGCCACCCAGGAGAUUGUUGUCCAUGGUGUAAGCAGUGUGAGUAUGAGUCCCUGGUGUUUCAGGAUGGACAGACAUUCCCCUCCAGGACAGAUCCCUGUCUUCGUUGCCACUGCUCUGCUGGAACGGUGUCAUGUGAUAAUAUGGAAGCAUCGUGUCCUCCUCUGCGCUGUCAUCACCCUGCCAAGCCUAGAGGACAGUGCUGUCCCACCUGUGACCAGUGCGAGUACGGCGACAGGGUCUACGCAGACGGUGAUGUAUUUAGCCCAACUGGAAGUGGACCCUGUGUUAAGUGCAGCUGCAAGGGUGGAAAUGUGAGGUGCCAUGAGGAGCGGUGUCCCCCGGUCCAGUGUUCCAACCCCAUCAUUGACCCCCACAUCUGUUGCCCCAUAUGCAAAGUGUGUGUGUUAGAGAGAGUGGAGUAUGAGGAGGGUUCUCAGUGGCGUCAGGCUGAGGACUGUUCCAGCUGUGCCUGUCUGAACGGAGAAGUGGUGUGUACACACACACAGUGUCCCCCCACCACCUGCACACACCCCACCAAGACUACUGGUCUGUGCUGUGCAGAGUGUGAGCGCUGUACCUUUUACCAGCGUAUCUAUAGCAACAGACAGACGUUCACACACCCUGACCAGCCCUGUCAUAACUGCACCUGUCUGGAUGGCACUGUUCAGUGUGAGAAGAGAGCCUGUCCCCCCCUGAACUGUUCCAAGACACACACACCAGACGGAGAGUGUUGCCCUAAAUGCCUAGGCUGCUCCUUUGAGAACCAUGUGUUUCUGGAUGGUGAGGAGUUCCCCAGCCCGGUUGGUGUGUGUGAGACUUGUGUCUGUGUGUCAGGGAGGGUCGACUGUCAUGCGCCUGAAUGUCCCCGGCCUCACUGCAUCAGCCCGCUACCAGGAACCUGCUGUCAGAACAACUGUAACGGUUGUAGCUACGCUGGAAAAGAGUACCCAAAUGGACAGGAGUUCCCCCAUCCCACAGACAAGUGCAAGACCUGCCACUGUAUAAAUGGAAACGUCCAGUGCCUAAUGACGAGAUGUCCCCUUCUGGGGUGCUCCAACCCCAACCUGCUGCCUGGAGAAUGCUGCCCCCAGUGUCCCGCCGCCCCUGCCAACUGUGUGUACGAAGAUCGGCCCUACAGACACACGGAGCGUUUCUACCACCCUGCUGACUCCUGCCUGUGGUGCGUCUGCACCAAUGGGACGGUUCGAUGCCACCGGAAGCCCUGCGCCCUGGCUCCUUGUUCACACCCCAUUCAGCAGGACUGCUGCAGGACUUGUGAUGGCUGUCUGUAUGACGGGCGGGAGCGGGCCAAUGGGGAGUCCUGGGGAGACGUGUCAGACCCAUGUGCAGUGUGUCUGUGCCGCGAGGGUUCUGUCCGCUGUGAGAGGAAGCGCUGCCCUGCCCUCAGCUGUCCAUACCCUGUACAGAGGGAGUGUUGCAGAGCUUGUGACGGUUGUUUCUACGGGGGGAAGGAGUAUCCUGAUGGUUAUGAGUUUGUCAGUGGAGACGACCCGUGUCGAGUGUGUACGUGUUAUGCAGGGGAUGUGGUUUGUACCCAGUUACCCUGCUACCAGGACUGCACGCACCCCUACAAACCAACCAGCCAGUGCUGUGGAGAGUGUGACCGUUGCUCCCAUAGCAACACUGUCCUCAUAAGCGGCCAAUCAAUACCUGACCCCACUGACCCGUGCUCGGAGUGUACCUGCCAGGGUGGAUCAAUAAGGUGUGAGAAGAAGUGGUGUCCCCCAGUGUCUUGCUCUCAUCCAAGCAUCAGCCCUUGUGGCUGUCCUGUUUGUGAAGGUUGUGUGUUCCAGGGCGGGUCUUACAUUGAUGGACAGGUUUUUGCUGGAACCAGAGGAAGCUGCGAUGACUGCACAUGUUUAAGAGGAGAGGUGGUGUGUGUGAAGCGGAGGUGUCCUGCCGUGUCGUGUCCACACCCUGCACUGGAUGGCUGUGAGUGUGCCGUGUGUGACGGCUGUCAUUUCAACGGACGCGACUGUUUCAGCGGGGAACGUUUCACACACCCCUUAGACCACUGUCAACGCUGCACAUGCCUGAACGGCGGUGUGGUGUGCGUGUCAGCCUCAUGCCCACCCGUGGUGUGUGCGCAUCCCGUGGUCCCUGCAGGGCACUGCUGCCCCAUCUGCUCAGGGGUGUGUCUUCACCAGGGGGAGGAGUUUCAGUCCGGGACAUCCUUCAUCCCAGCCUCUGACCCUUGCUCCACCUGCAGCUGCAUGAACGAAGUAGUGACGUGUCAUAUAAGGCAGUGUUCUGUCCAGUGUUCCCACCCGCUCCCCUCCGAAUCGGCCAAUGGCUGCUGUCCACUCUGUGAAUCCUGUCUCUACGGGGGUGUGGUCUACUCUGACAGACAGACCUUCACCCCCACGCCAGAGUUCCCCAAACCCUGCCAGCGGUGUACGUGUGUGAGAGGGAGUGUUACCUGUGUGCCCCUCCUCUGCCCCCCCAACUCAUGCACUCAUCCAAUCACUCUACCAGGAGACUGCUGCCCCCGCUGCGCAGGUUGUGUGUAUAAUGCUGAGGAGUACAGUGAAGGAAAGCAGUGGACUCCCAGCUCCAACCCCUGUACUACAUGUACCUGUCAGGCUGGACAGGUGCAGUGUGUGGGUCCGGUGUGUCCUAAGCUGAACUGUAUGCACCAGCUGACAGAACCAGGAACCUGCUGUCCUCGCUGCAGAGGGUGUGUGUAUGACGGCGAGGAGCAUUCUGAGGGCAGCAGCUGGUUCGCCGACUCCACUCCCUGUAUGAGCUGUAUGUGUGUGGACGGAGUGACCACCUGCUCCGAGGUCCGCUGUCUGUCUCCCUGCCUCCACACCCUCACUGUUCCUGGGGACUGCUGCCCCGUCUGUGCAGACUGUGUGUUUGAGGGCAGAGUGUAUGGACCCGGAGACAGCCUCCACCCUGCAGAUGACCCCUGUCACAUUUGCACAUGCGAGGUUAUGCCUGAUGGAGAGCAGCACCUGAGGUGUUUCCGUAAGCAGUGUCCCAGCCUAGUGGACUGUCCAAAAAACAACAUUUUGUUUUCUGGACCAGACGCCUGCUGCCCUUUCUGUGCACAGCCCCUCAGUAACUGCACAGAGACUCUGAUUGGCAAUGAGGUCUUGGCUACAGAUGACCCCUGCUUCACCUGCCAGUGCAAGGACCUGACAUGGACAUGUCUACACCAGAGCUGCCCCCCUCUCAGCUGUCCCCCUGAAGACCAGCAAACCCCCCUGGACUCCUGCUGCCCCGUCUGUGAUGAGUGUGUUAUUGAGGGGGAGAAGAGACGUGUGUCUAAUGGUGGGAGCUGGACAGACCGCGAGGAUGACUGCAUCACAUGUACCUGUAAUCUGGGUCACAUUGAGUGCAGUAUAGAGGAGUGUGUUCCUGUGGAGUGUGACCAAGGCCUAGUCAGAGUGAAGACUCCUGGGAAAUGCUGUUAUGAGUGUCAAGACUCGGGUGUGCAGUGUGUUUACCAGGGCUCUCUGUACCAGUCUAAUGAGCAGUGGGAGGUGGAUGAGUGUACCAGCUGUACCUGUGUGUCUGGAGACGUACACUGUUACAGCCAACGCUGUCCUCCACUAGGCUGUGCAGCGGACGAGUCCCCAGCUGUGAUCCCAGGUGUGUGUUGUCCUCACUGCAUUCCGCGGCCAGCCACCUGCGUUGCGUUCGGGGACCCCCAUUACAGGACAUUUGAUGGCCGGAUGCUCCACUUUCAGGGGGCCUGCACCUACAUACUGGCCCAGGACUGUGAAGGCGGAGAUUUCAGUAUUCAUGUGACCAAUGAUGACCGUGGUCGAAAGGGAGUUUCCUGGACCAAAGAGGUGACUGUUUUCAUAAAAGACGUUGUGGUGCAACUACUCCAGAACUGGGUCGUUAAGGUUGACUACAAGGUCGUUACCCUGCCUUUCCUCAAGGAACCAUACAUAUACCUGGAGCGCCGGACAAAUACUAUUCUACUCAACACCAAUAUAGGACUUAAGGUGUUAUGGAGUGGGCGGUCCCAUCUGGAGGUGAGUGUCCCAGGGACUUUUAAAGGUCACACCUGUGGUCUCUGUGGCAACUUCAACAAUUACCCCCAGGAUGACUUACGGACCCCUGCAGGAAAAGUAAGCCCAUCAGAGGCCGCCUUCGGAAAUAGCUGGAAGGUGGGCAGCAGUAACAGCAGCCUGUUGUCCUGUCAGCCUGGGAAGGAUGUUGACCCUUGUAAGGGAGCAGGCUACCAGGCUAAGAAGUCAGCUAACGCGCGGUGCAGAGUGCUGAAGUCUCCGGCGUUCCAAGCCUGCCACCACUUGGUGUCUCCAGAGCCCUGGUAUGCAGCGUGUGUCUACGACCAGUGUGCCUGCGGGGCCAAUGCCGACGAGUGCCUGUGUGACGCCCUGGAGGCCUACGCAGCACAGUGCAGAGACGCCGGGGCACGGCUGUCUUGGAGGACCUCCUCUCUGUGUGCGGUGGGCUGUCCCGCGGAGCGUGGUUUCCUGUUUGAUGAGUGUGGUCCUCCAUGUCCAGUGACAUGUGUUAACCGGGACGUGCCACUAGGGGUGAUAGAGAGCCACUGUUUUAAACCCUGUGUUCCCGGAUGCCAGUGUCCUGCUGGACUGGUACUACAUAACAACCACUGUAUACCACCAGAAACAUGCCCCAAGAUCAUACAUGGCAAGUCCUAACACACCAACACACACAUUCCACAGGACUGCAUGGACCUCUCUCUGCUUUGUGAAAAGGAGACUUUUGAAAUGCUCUGUAUUUUAUGAGGUCUGUUAGGUAUGUUUGUGAUACAGUCAUGUGAAAAAGUAAUUACACCCACUGGAAAUUUGUAUUUUUUUUUACGUAUUGUAUAAUUCAAUGAUAUUGGAAGAUUAAGGUAAACUUUUUUGUAACAAUCUGACACUGAAAGAUUUAAACUUUGCAAUGUUUUUUUUUUAAUGAAAAAAAUCUACAGAAAUGCAAUUUCAUGGUGCAGAAAAAAAUAAUCACACCCCUAGUGGAAUUGUUUACUUUGAAUUGCUUGGUAAUAGCUUUGUAACCACUCCCAGGCUCAUGGGCAUUAAUAACCUUUCUUCUGAGGGCCUCGGAUAGGGCUUUUGAUCUUGGCAUGAUGUGUUGCCACACACCUAUAUGGUUAAGACCAAACCUGACCAAAACCAAGUUUCUAAUCAUUACGGAAGGCUGGACCCUCCCAUGUUACUCUCUAAUCAUUUACACCUGUUUUGGUGCACUUGAUUGUAAUUUUAACUAUUUUAUGUGAUGUAGGGGGGAAACAUUUUUUCUGCAUGAGGAAAUAGCAUUUCUGUUCAUUUGUAUUGCAUCAAUGGUUUCAAAGUUUUUCUAUGUGCUUUGGUAAAUUGCCUUACCUUAUCAAUGUGGUUGGAAUUUAGAAAAAAGACCACAUUCCAGAGGGUGAAACGAUGUUUGAGAAGAGCCCAUUAGUCAGCGGUGUUAACCUGUUGUAACAGGCCAUGACAUCCCAGGUGCUUUACUACAGACAUCUGGACAUUCUUUGUUGUAUCCACAGGGAGUUCAUUCAUUGUUGAAAUAUAUUUUUGCUAAUAAUGUCACUGUCACUAUAUAUAUAUAUAUUGUGUUAUGCCACAAUUUUAUACAGACUGACAAUAUUGGACACAUUCCCUUUCAAUAAAGAUAACUGUCCAACUGUG